CUGUUCAGAACGAUUCCACAUGCUCUCCGCCGCACCAAAUUAUUCCAAGUCUCCAACAACCCAGCUUCUUGGACGAGUUUUGCCACGCAAAACCGUGCUCUCUCUCUCUCUCCGUCCCCUGCACCUGCAUUCCAACUUUCUUGUUAUUCGGAUUCUCUCCCUACGAAUCCCUAAUUUCCAAUCCAAAUAUCUCAAAUCGCACGUCCCGAUUCAGUUUUUAGGGCUUCUGAAUGGAUCCCACAGACGCAGCCUCGUCGAAUUCCACGGAUUCCACCAUCUCCGGACUCCGUUUGAAGCAUCACCGGGAACUAGAAAGGUUAACACUUACAAUGCAGCCGCUAAAGACGUUAAAGUAUUUCAAUUUGGCUGUUGGCCAAUAUGUUCGGCGGUUCAUGGCGAAAGGUGGUUGGUUUGUGCUUCUAAUUAUGUUAGCAGGAGGUAUAGGAGUGAUUACUAUGACAAUUGGUGGACUGCAACAAGAGCAUGUUUGGGAGCUUAUUCGUUAUCUCCAAUUUGGUCUCUGGUGGCUGGCUCUUGGUGUAGCAUCAUCAAUUGGUCUUGGAUCUGGUUUGCACACGUUUGUGCUGUAUUUGGGGCCUCAUAUAGCUCUUUUUACCAUGAAAGCCGUGGACUGUGGCAGAGUUGACAUAAAAGGUGCCCCCUAUGACACCAUUCAAUGGAGAAGUGGUCCUUCAUGGGUGGACAGAGAAUGCUCUGAAUAUGGCGCCCCACUAUUCUUAUCACAGCACGGUUCAAGGGUUCCUCUUAGCAGCAUUUUGCCUCAGGUUCAGCUAGAGGCUAUUCUAUGGGGAGUCGGAACUGCACUGGGAGAGCUUCCUCCGUAUUUCAUAUCAAGAGCCGCUAGUAUAUCUGGUCAAAAGUUGGAAGUCAUGAAAGAGUUGGAUUCUUCCUCAACUGAAGAUAAUGGAAUGAUAGCUAACCGCCUCAACCGGAUGAAAUCAUGGCUUCUUUCGCAUACACAAUAUCUGAACUUUUUAACUAUAUUAGUUCUUGCUUCGGUGCCCAACCCUCUAUUUGACCUUGCUGGUAUAUUGUGUGGACAAUUUGGCAUUCGGUUUUGGACAUUCUUUCUAGCAACAUUGAUUGGAAAGGCAUUUAUUAAAACUCACAUACAGACAGUUUUCAUCAUCUCAGUUUGCAACAAUCAGCUUCUAGACUUGGUAGAAAAUAAAUUGAUUUGGUUGUUUGGCUUUUUCCCUGGAUUUGGUUUGGUUGUGCCCGACCUCAUCAGCAAACUACAUACUGUGAAAGACAAGUAUGUACAUGCCUCACCUCCAGCCCCCUCAAACAGCAAGGAUAAAAAGUGGGACUUAUCAUUUAGUUCGAUUUGGAACACAGUUGUGUGGCUCAUGCUUAUGAACUUCUUCCUCAAGAUUGUGACGGCAAGUGCACAAAGCGUUCUCAAGGAAGAACAUGAAAGGGAGUUGACUGCAUUGUCCAACAAUCUGCAUUCAUCCAACCAUAAAAGUAGUGCCGGUUGCAGCCAAGCCUCUGAUUGAAUUUUCCGAAAGCUGUUCCGGUUUGAUUAUUUUUUUUUUCUUUCCCUUUUCUGGUAUUCACAUCAUCGGAGUUUAGCGCAGAAAUUUUUGUAUCUGCCAUGAUUACUUCUCCCGUAGCUUCCACCCGUUUAUCUCUGUUUCAGUUUGUACAUAUAAAACAUGAAGUGAAACAUAGGUAAACCCGUAGAAGUAUCUACAUGUAGUAUAGUUUAUAGGGGGAAGUUUAUCUGUGCAUUUAUCGGCGAUCUCGAUCUGCCUUUGUAUUGAGAAAUCUGCCCAUUCUGGGAAAUGCAAUGGAAUAAAGUCUAGUCUCCACUUUGUUGGAGGAGAUUCUAAGUUCAAA